GGUUCCUGGGACGGAAGUUACAGAUAGAAGCCACUGUGUGAGUCCUGCUCCGUGGGAGGGUAGCUGGUGCUCUUAGCUGCCGUCCUCAGCCUGAGGUGUCUAGGUUUUCGAGACAGGGUUUCUCCGUGUAGCCCUGGCUGUCCUGAAACUCGCUUUGUAGAGGAGGCUGGCCUCAAACUCACAGUGAUCUGCCUGUCUCUGCCUCCCAAGUACGGGGAUCACAGGCGUGCGCCAUCCCCUGGCUUCUCUUAUUUUUGAGACAGUCUUUCUACGUAGCUCUGGCCGUCCCAGACUAUGCAGACCAGGCUGGCCUCGACCUCUCAGAGGGCUGCCUUCCUCCGUCUCCUAACUGCUGGGAUUGAAGUCACUGCCACCAUGCCUGGCUUUCAUGUUUUAUUUUUUAAGGCAGGGCCUUGCUCUGCAGACCAGGCUGCCCUGAGCUUGCAGAUAAUUGUGCCCCUGCGUCCCGAGUGCUGGGAUUAGUGGCACAUUCUUGGUUUGCCCUUGGGUUUGACUUGUUUGUUUUUGGGUCAGGAGCUCGUGCAGCCCACCUGGCCUGAGUUCCCUGUCUGGUGGUGGGUGACUGAGCCCCCCCUGGAACGUCCUGGCUGGGGACCUUGGAAUCGGGCACACAUCAGCACACUCAGUGUAUGUGGUGCUGGCUAUAAACCCAGGGUUUCCUGCGGGCCGGGCACGCAUUCGGUCAACGAAGCUAACCUCAGACUUGCAGCAAUUCUGCCUCAACCUUCCACGGGCGGGGGUUGCCAGUGCCAGCGACCGCUUUGUGAGUUUAUUUCAAGAAUUCAUGAUGGGGGUACUAUCCAGUUAACCACAUCACAGGUGGGCAAACCACGAGGAGGUGCUGACUCUGGAGAGCCGGGAAGCGGCGAGGGCGGAAGGAACUGGAACCCAGAACCUGUGGCCCCAGCUGUGUGUACUAAGCCUGGCCUCCAGGGUGUGGGGUCAGGAGACACAUGGGUUCUCUCCUGUCAUUCUGGCCUGCCACUACUGCCCACCUGUCCAUGCAUUUCCUGUGGCCCAGCCCCUGCCCUGCCCACCCCACCCUCCCUCCCUCUGCCAACAGUCCUCAGGGCAGGGCUUUAUGGUUCCGAUAAAGCCUUGAAAGGACAAAGUCCACGGAUCCUUCCUCGUUGCGGGGGACCUGGGAGGGUCAGCACGCUGCCAGGAGGGGAGCCUGGAGACCUCUCCCUGGCAGCCUCGCCCUGUGCUAUAAGGGCCGCUGCACCCCGCCGGCCCUUUCUCACUCCCUCUCCUCUCUCAGGACACGCUCUCAACCCAGAGGCUCAAGAUGGCCUAUGUCCCAGCCCCCGGCUACCAGCCCGCCUACAACCCAACCCUGCCGUACAAGAGUCCCAUCCCAGGCGGCCUCAGCAUCGGGAUGUCCGUCUACAUCCAGGGGAUGGCCAAGGAGAACAUGAGGCGGUUCCACGUGAACUUUGCUGUGGGGCAGGACGACGAGGCAGACAUUGCCUUCCACUUCAAUCCCCGCUUCGAUGGCUGGGACAAGGUGGUCUUCAACACGAAGCAAAGCGGGCAGUGGGGCAAAGAGGAGAGGAAGAAGAGCAUGCCCUUCCAGAGGGGCAGCCACUUCGAGCUGGUGUUCAUGGUCUUGGCGGAGCACUACAAGGUCAUGGUAAACGGAGACCCCUUCUAUGAGUAUGAGCACAGGCUGCCCUUACAGAUGGUCACCCAUCUGCAGGUGGAUGGGGACCUGGAACUCCAGGCGAUCAACUUCCUCGGAGGCCAGCCUGCCCCAGCCCCGUAUCCGGGCACAGACUACCCCAUGACUAUCCCGGCGUACCCGUACCCUGCACCCGGGUACAACCCUCCACCCAUGAACAGCCUGCCGGUUAUGAUGGGACCCCCAGUCUUCAAUCCGCCUGUGCCAUAUGUGGGGGCCCUUCCAGGCGGGCUCACAGUCCGGAGAACCAUCAUAGUCAAGGGCUACAUACUUCCCACAGCCAGGAACUUUAUCAUCAACUUCAAGGUGGGGUUGUCCGGGGACAUAGCUCUUCACAUAAACCCCCGAAUAGGCGAGGGUGUGGUUCGAAACAGCUUUAUGAAUGGCUCGUGGGGCUCGGAGGAGAGGAAGGUCUCCUACAAUCCAUUUGGCCCUGGGCAGUUCUUUGAUCUGUCAAUCCGCUGCGGCAUGGAUAGAUUCAAGGUGUUUGCCAACGGCCAGCACCUUUUUGACUACAAUCACCGGUUCCAGGCCUUCCAGAGGGUGGAUGUGAUGGAGAUCAAAGGUGACAUCACCUUGUCCUAUGUCCAGAUCUGAGCUCUUCCUGGGGGAGCAGAGAGACUCCCAGUUCCAUCUAAGGCCCUAAUAAAAUGUCCAAGGGGUUUCAUGUGUA